AUGGACUCUACAAAGCGGUUCCGUGCCUUCCUGCUGAUCCUAAUUCUGACACUGUCCUACUGCACGACAUCUGUGUCAUCCAACCAUCAUGGUGAAAAUCAAGAUGAUGGAACCAGCAAACUUGUUGGGGAAUUGAUUGAUUGGAUGCUUGCCAAAGGAGGAUCCAUGGAUCCUAGGGUAGAAAUGAGGCGAUGGAAUCCACAAGACCCCACAUCUUACUUUGGAGCCUUUGUCAAUGCUCCUGUCAAGAAGGGUGAAUUGCUCCUCAAAAUACCCGGUGCUAUCAAGAUUCAGGUCGAGGACCCAUCGAUUCAGGAUGAUUGGGACUACGACGAACAAGUUUGUCAACUCAGCUGGAUGCUAAAGACGGAAUAUGAAUUGGGAGAUGACAGUGACUAUGCCCCCUACAUCAACUACCUGAAGGCACAACCCUUUGGCCAAAUACCGGCCAUGUGGAGCAAUGUUGGACAGCACCUUUUGUUUGAAGUCCAAGGAGAUUGGUCCAUUCACGAUUUUGAAACACAAGGCGAGGGAGAAGACAUAGUUAUGUGGCUGUGGAAAAGUUUUGAGCCGAAUUGCAUGUUCCGCAAUGAUACUUUGAAUCCAUUUUACAUUGCGAUGGCUGUCCAACGAGGAUAUGACAUAGCUUUGAUUCCAGUGUACGACAUGCUCAAUCACUAUAAUGGCGACAAGGUGAACAGCAUCACGCGACCUUCAAUCUACGACAAGGAUGGAUUUGGGGUGUAUGCACUCCGAGAUCUCAAGGCUGGGGAAGAGUUGUUCUAUUCGUAUCAUGCGUGUCCCGAUUGCCGUGACACUAUUGAUAUCUGGGGAACUCCUGAAAUGCUCAGAGACUUUGGUUUCGUGGAACAAUACCCGCAUAGAUUUCAUCUGAAGAAGAAUGGGACCAUCUUUGUCGAUGAAGUGGUGGCAGAUGAUGGAAGCAAAUCGUAUGUCGCCACGUGCCGUGAUGGAGAGUGUCCCAGGAAGGAGUGGGUGACAGAGGAAAUGGAGUACUUGCAGAAUGUGGAGCGAAAGCAAAUUGCCAAAUCGAAAAGCUUUAUUCCAAAAUACGAGUAUGAAACGAUCAAACAGUAUCACAAAGCCCUAACUGUGGCGCUAGAUGCUGUGCUGCCAUUGUGUACGUGA